AUUAAAUAUCUUUUUAAAAAAAUAGACUUAUUUCAAAAUCUUUCAUUUUAUAGUAUGUGGACUGUUGUUAAUUUUGAAGCUGAUAAUACGGUAGACGUUGUACCAGACUUUUGGUUCAAGAAUGGUUUUUGUGAAUGGCCUAAUAAAACCAAUAGAAUGGAUACCAAAACAACAAUUAAACGUAGGAUUAAACCUGAUGAAAUACAUUUUAAAAAAUAUAAAGCAAGGAUUAUGUUGACCAACAUUGCUAGCUUUCAAGAAGCUGAAUCCAAAGCAACCAAGGCACAAGUAAAUUCAGAAUUGUCAUCUAAUGAAGAUCAUAUUAAGGCUACAAAAACUGUCAAAAGGACCAAAAAUAACAUACCCACAGAAACAGUUGUAUCAAAAUUACCAAAUCCUCCAGUAUACUCUGAAGAAUCUGAUAACGAAUCAGUAGCAGAUGAUUCCGAUAAGGAUAUAAGUUAUAGACCAGGAAAUAUAUUUGACACGACAUCGUCACAUGAUUCAAAUAAUCAAUCUCUUGAAAAUGAAGCUGAAACCACUGGUACUGGGGAAAUUGUUUUAGAAGCUACCACUGAUAUUCCUGAAUUUUCUGGAUCAGCACAAAAAAAAAUGAAAAUGUCUUACAAAAAUGAUCAUUCAUUAUCAACCCAGGAAAACCACAUUUCAGAACAUAGCUUAUUUAUUUCACCAUCAACUGCUGCAGAAAAUGAAACUGAUCAAUCUUUCAAAAAAUUCAUAAAAAGAUCUCUUACAACUCUAAAAUAUGAUGUUGAAAAUAUUCAUAAACGUAUGGAUGUUUUUGAAUCCAUACUGGAGAAGAUUGAUGACAAGCUUUCGGGAAAGUCAAACGGUUUUGCUGAAACUUAUGCCACUCAUGAAGACAUUACUAUAAUUGAAAAUGACACAGAUCUUAAUCAAAUGGAAAACAGAUUAGUUAAUGAUUCUUUAUACAGAUCUUCUGUGGUCAAAACUUUAUCUCGAUUUUUGAGCAACUCUUUGCCAGAAACCAUCCGCAAAAUGAUGCAGACAUUGUUUAGUGACACAUUUCUCAUGAAUUACUCUUACAUUGGUUUCAAGGGAAAAAAUCAAUUUUCUACUUUACAAAGUUGCAGUAUUAUAUUUGAAGCAGUCCGUUCUAUAAAAAAAUUUGCAGACAUUCCAAAUAUGGAAGUAGAAAAACCAUUGAAGAAUUGGAUGGCUCAAGCUUCACAGAGAGAAAAACUUAAAAAACAAAAAAAUGAACUUGCCAAUAAUUAAAAAACCAAAUAAAUCCAUUGAUUAAUU